AUGACUCAUGACCACAUGACCCUGGACAUGGACGCGGUCCUGUCAGACUUCGUCCGGUCCACAGGGGCAGAGCCAGGUCUGGCCAGAGACCUGCUGGAGGGGAAAAACUGGGACCUGAGUGCCGCCUUGAACGACUACGAGGAGCUCAGGCAGGUCCACACCGCCAACCUGCCGCAGGCCUUCAACGAGGGCCGCUACUUCAAGGCCCCUCAGGAGACCCGGGACACCCCCACCCACAACAGCACGACCGAGCGGACCUCCACCCACAAGUCCGACGACAGCACGCAAGAGAAGCGCCUGUCCCGGGGCAUCUCCCACGCCAGCUCGGCCAUCGUGUCCCUGGCCCGCCUGCAGGUGGCGUCGGAGUGCACCAGUGAGCAGUUCCCUCUGGAGAUGCCCAUCUACACCUUCCAGCUCCCGGACCUCAGCGUCUACAGCGAGGACUUCCGCAGCUUCAUCGAGAGGGACCUCAUCGAGCAGUCCACCAUGAUGGCCCUGGAGCAAGCAGGACGUUUGAACUGGUGGUCCACGAUGUGCAUGAGCUGCAAGAAGCUGCUUCCUCUGGCCACGACCGGAGACGGGAACUGCCUCCUGCACGCCGCCUCUCUGGGGAUGUGGGGGUUCCACGACAGAGACCUGAUGCUGAGGAAGUCUCUCUACACCAUGAUGAAGAGCGGAGCGGAGAGAGACGCCCUGAAGAGGAGGUGGCGUUGGCAGCAGACGCAGCAGAACAAAGAGUCAGGGCUGGUGUACACGGAGGAGGAGUGGGAGAGAGAGUGGAACGAGUUACUGAAGCUGGCCUCCAGUGAGCCCCGCACUCAUCUCAGCAAGAACGGAAACACCAGCGGAGGGGUGGAUAACUCGGAGGACCCGGUGUACGAGAGUCUGGAGGAGUUCCACGUCUUCGUCCUGGCUCACGUCCUGCGCAGACCCAUCGUGGUGGUGGCCGACACCAUGCUCCGCGACUCCGGAGGCGAAGCCUUCGCACCCAUCCCGUUCGGAGGCCUGUACCUGCCCCUGGAGGUGCCCCCCAGCCGCUGCCACUGCUCCCCCCUGGUCCUGGCCUACGAUCAGGCUCACUUCUCUGCACUGGUGUCCAUGGAGCAGAGAGACCAGCAGCGAGAGCAAGAGCAGCAGGUAGCCCUUGCUGCCGGGGUCGUAGCUGGGAUGGCCUCACCCCAUUGGCCCAUGGGCUCCGGCCAAGGUUCACGGGUCAGGGCCUGGCCGGACGCAGGCCUGUCUCCUGGCCAAUGGGUUGAGGUGGUCAACGGAUGGUUAACUAUGGCGUCCGCUUUUUUGCUCUUGUGUAUGACGCCUGACCGGGGGUCCAAGAACACUGUGAUGCCCAGCGGGAGUGCCCUUUCCGUGGGCUGGCAAGAGACCUUUACAGGUGCCUAA